ACGCGAUAACUCAGUUGAAGCGUAAGAAACGAAAGCAGACCUGUAAGACGUUAACCGAGAGCUGUGCGCUGCAUCCUUCAGCACUAGUUAAUGAUUACGGUUUCUACGUAAAAGACCGAGGGACACCAAGAAGUAGCCACACGCGUCCAAACUACAGCGUAUGUUAGUUUGAGUUAGCCGGCGUGAGAUCAAACAAGAGAACCAUGCAAAAUAUAAAUCAGUUUCUUCAGGGAGUGCAGCUGGACAAGCGGACAGCGGCUCUGCUCACAGGGGCGGCGUGUGGCGCCGGAGCUCUGGUGGUGGUGCUGCGGAGAGUCAGCGACCACCGACAAACGAUGGGAAAGCUCCAGAGAGCCAGAGGCCGGAGGACAGAGAGUCUCCAGCGGGCGGAGGAAGCGGUGCUCCGUUACAAGCAGUCGCAUCCAACGGUCAACUCUGAACUCAUCUUGACGCUGCCCCUGCCUGAGUUGACAAAGCAACUUCAGGAAGGUUUGCUGAGCCCUGAGGAUGUGUUUUACUCUUACCUGGAAAAGGCUCUGACUGUGCACAGAAACCUGAAUUGUUGCACCGAAAUUCUGCUGGAGAGUUUUGAACACCUGAAAACGCUUGGCUCAAAUCAAGAAGGUCUUUUAUAUGGAGUUCCAGUUAGCAUCAAAGAAAAUAUUAACUAUAAGAAUCACGACUCUUCUUGUGGGGUGGUCUGUAACCUGGACCAGCCGGCCCAGGAGGACAGUGUGCUUGUUCAAGUCUUGAAGAAACAAGGAGCCAUUCCCUUUGCGAAAACCAACCUACCCCAAGCCCUGCUGAAUUACGACUGCAGUAACUGCAUAUAUGGGCAGACUGUGAACCCCCAUAAUCCCAAGAAGACCUCUGGAGGUUCAUCCGGUGGUGAGGGGGCUCUCAUCGGGGGAGGAGGCUCCCUGCUUGGCAUAGGCUCUGAUAUCGGGGGAAGUAUACGCAUUCCCUCCUCAUUCUGUGGGAUCUGUGGCUUUAAGCCAACCACUGGGCGGCUAAGUUUGCAAGGUGUAAGACCUAUCUAUCGCGGGCAAAAGUCAGUGCCAUCAAGUUCAGGACCGAUGGCAAGAGAUGUGGACAGCCUGGCUCUGUGCAUGAAGGCUCUUCUCUGCGAUCACAUGUUUUCCUUGGACCCCACCGUUCCACCUCUGCCUUUUAAUGAGAAGAUAUACCGUAGCUCCAAGCCUCUGAGGAUUGGUUACCUAGAAGACGACGGCUACACAGAGCCGUCUCCAAGCAUGGCCCGGGGCGUCAGAGAGGUCAAAGCUCUGCUAGAGAAAGCAGGACACACUUUGGUGCCAUACCGUCCCCCGAGGAUAAAUGAAAUCAUCCCUGAACUCAUGGUCAAGGGUAUAUUGGCAGACGGAGCAACCACCUUGAUGGAAAAAUUGAAGGGGGAGCCUCUGGAUCCGUGUCUCAGGCCACAGUUUAUUCCUUAUGCUUUCCCGAAAUGGUUGAAGAAAACCCUCUCAUUCCUCCUCAAGCCCCUGUCUUCUCGUGGCUCUACUGUCUUCAGUGCCCUCUGUGGAGUUGGGUCUGUUCAAAAUCUCUGGAAGCAGCAUGCAGAUGUUGAGGACUACAUUCAUGAGACCAUUGCAGAAUGGAGAAGAUGCAACAUAGAUGUGCUGCUGUGCCCUGUGAUCGGACCAGCCUACAACUUCUUAUACUGCGGCAAAUGCACUACCCCUCUCAGUUACACAAUGAUCUACAAUCUGCUCAACUUCCCGGCCGGUGUUGUUCCCGUUUCCACGGUAACGGCAGAGGAUGAGGAGAAACUCAAACACUAUAAAGGUGCCUUUCAGGACCGUUGGGACAAGCUCUUCAAACAGGCUGUGACUGGAGGCGAGGGCCUGCCCGUGGCGGUGCAGUGUGUCGCCCUGCCGUGGCAGGAUGAGCUCUGCUUGCGCUUCAUGAAGGAGGUGGAAGAACUGGUCAAGCAGAGCAGAGAGUAAAGAACUUGUUCCUUUCUGGAUCCUCCAGGUUGAGCCGUAAAUGUCAGGAGCCUAAAUCCACAUUCCAUGGUGAAGAUUACACACAUAAUAAAUGAAUAACUGCACAUAAUAACUGCACAAAGCCCAAAAGCUGUGGGAUAAAUAAAUUAUUAUUUUAUGUUAAAUAUGAUAGAUUAAAAAAACUGAACUAAAAAUGAUUUUUACCUUUAUGUCUCUGCUCUUGGAGGCAGAGAUUUCUUUUGUUCUUUUUAAUGUAAGAAAGCUAAAUAAAUUUAACUGUUAAAACAAAGGCAAUAUUAAUCAUUGCUGACACUAUAAUUUUAUACAUGUCCAUGUGUGUAAGUUUGUAUGAAUUAAAACAAGUGCUAUGGAGCAAAUUGAGUCCAUGUCACCAUUAGGCAAAGAGGCACCACAGAAUUUAUAAUGAGAAUGGAAAAUGAUAAUAAUAAUAAUAAUAAUAAUAAUGAUGUCUCUGACGUCAUUCUCUGGUGUCAUGUGAUGACUGAGAAUAAAACACAUCAACUGAUUUAUCUCAGAGAAUAAAUUUGCCUUACUUUAAAUAUUGGCAUGUUGCACAUCACCAGCAUUGGGCCGGUGUCAUAUGGUUCACAAUCCCUUCAAAAUGUCAUGUUUAUUUAAAUAUUUGAAGCUUCAGAUAUUUAAUGAACUAACUUGAUGUGGUGUGCAUUGUCAACGCUGCUGCGAGGACACAAAACCUCUGUCUUUACAUUCUUCUUUACCCUCCACCUCUCUGUCACUGCACCACAGAUGAACGCAGAUCAUUUUCGUGAGCGUUUGUUGCACUGAUGCCAUAACAGGAAAAAGAAAAGAGAUAAAGGAGACUAAUGACACAUGGCGUCUCCAUCUACAAGGCCAGCGCACCAUGCCGUCAUAUUGUGAUUACCCCGUGCUAUUGUAAAUAUGUGUUUCUUUUGGGUGUACAUAAAUUUACAUAUGUUUUGAAACUCUCCUGGGAUGGGAAGCCAUUAGGGACAAUGUUGGUGUUUUCCAUUACAGCCACCCAUGUCCUCGCUACUGUCUCACUCAAUGGAAAUGGCCGUGCGCAUGCAGCAGAGGAAGGAGGGCACAUUAGGCGAGGAGGAGAGCUGGAAUUGAGAGGUUGUACUUAGCAUUAUCUGCGGCACAUAGAGAGAAAGUGUGUGGCUCUCGCUGUGCCACUCAGUCAGGGAGCAUUAAGCUUUAAGAGGCAGUGAAGAGACUCAGGUCUUCAGAGGGAACUUGACAUUGUUCAUAAAUCCCUCAGGAUCUGAGACAGAAGUAAUGGCAACACACACACGCACCAACCCAGACUUUAAAUUGGCCCAUUAAAUACAUUUACAGUGUGGCAGCUAUGUGUCUUAUAUUAUACUUAUUCAAUUUGAAUGAAACAUUUUUAUAGCGCAGCAUUAAAGCCAACACUUGAGCAGAGCACCCUAAAUUAAAUAUCGUUAACAUAACUUCCGUAUUUGAAUGUUUUCGGAAAACAAGAAAUAACUAUUUUUAGCAAGCACAUUGGUAUUUUUACUGAUAUUGUAACAGUAAGUCUAUUUGUCCAGAUAUCUAUCACUUUGACAUACAUGGAACAGUAACUAAAAAUGGCCUCUGUCCAAACUCCACUAAUUUAUCCAUCCAAGUCUUUUUAAAAAAAUAAAAAAUGAAUCACAUUUGAAAAAUGUAAUUAUUGUCACUUUUCUGAAGAACUGACAAAGAGGCACAAAGCACCACAACUACAAAAUAAUCUGUUAAAAAAAGAAUAAUUCCAUAGAACGUUUUCACUUUAAUUUAAAAAAAUAAUAGUAAUUAAUUGAAGGCACAUUACAGUAUAACAAAAAAAUAACAAAAAUAGGACAAUGAAAUUACAUGCACAUUAUCCCUAAACCAUUUUGAAAGUUUGCAUCUUAACUGUUAGCAUCACUGCUAGAUAAAAGGAUGUGUUUGCAUGCUCCAAAACAAUCAGACCCUAAUUAAGGAUUUUAAGUGGUUUUGCCCAGUGAAUCUUCCAUAAAUUAAAUGUGUUAUUUCUCCAAUUGUA